AUGUGUUCUGGAUUUCAUGAUAAAGAAUACAGUACACCUGUUGACAAGGCUCUCUUGAACCAAGAUCAUCUUAAUGCUUGGAGAGACUUGAGGACAAUUGAAGAGGUGGCCAUGAACCGUAAAGAUAGUUUUGUCUUCAAAAAGAAGGUGGCUGAUUUUGUUGAAGACCUUGCCAAAAAAAAUCCUUCACUAAAUGAUCAAGAUUGGUUAUCAUCUGAAGCCAUUUGGCUGUGGACUUUGAACAGACAAAACAAGUCACUUUGUACUCUCUUGUAUUACAUGAAGCAAACUUUGAAAUUACAUUUACCACAACAUACUCACCAAGAGAUAGAUGAAAUGGCUGAAGAAAUUGUUAAGAAUUUCAAAUUUUCCUCCCAGAUAAAAGAUCAUCCUGUAAGGGAAAGAAUUGGUCCUUUCUUGGAUUCAGUUAUGACACAAUCAGGUUUUUAUUUACUAAUGCAGAAUUUGAAGAUGGAGAAAGACUUGAAUUUGCAAAUGGGCACACACUCCUUGUGGGUUAAAGUAGAUCCUUGGAAAGGAAUCAUUGGCACAGAAGAUCAAAUUGAUUAUGGAAAAAGCUACCGACAAUACAUGAGUUUGAUUGAAGUCUUUGACAUUUUAGCUGCAGCAGGCUUACAGGAUAAAGGUGCAAUUUUGAAACUGACACCAAGAUCUGUUGAUUUACGUCUUGCUAGGAAAAUUCUUGCUGAACAUGCUCCAAAAGCUCGAGAUCUGCAUUACUACCUUGUAAAUGAUGUUCCAUACAAUCCUCCUAAAAAAUUGAAUCUUCCAAUAUUUGGAUACCCCUUUGAAUUGAAUGGUCAGGAUUCUAAUCAAGUUGAAGAUCAAGUACAUAAGUUAUGGUCAAAAUUUGAAAAAGAAGAUUUGAAGAUUGUAUUGAAACUUGAAAAUCCUGUGAAAACAAUGCAAAAGGGUGAUGUAAUGUUUCCAAGAAAUUUCAAAAGGAUGACACAGUUUAAAUCACUCUGGAAAAUGAAAGACAAAUCCAAGUAUAGAUACCUAUGGGGAACUAUAACAAGAUCUAUUGGAAUAGUUCUAAAGCUUGACAAGAUAAACUCUGGUGCCCAUGUAGUAUUUUGGAAUAUAAUGUAUUCAGCAUUCAAGUAUCUCCCAAAAGAGGAAAUUGAUCCCAAGAAAGUUGAAGUUCAAAUAGAAAAUAGUGUUAUGUUCUACUUAUUAAUCAGAAGGAUGGGAAUUGUAUUGGCAGAGGUAUUCAAGUUGCAUUCUACUACAAGUGCUCCAGAACAAGAAGUCAACAAAGAACAGUGUAUAAUGUAUUAUUGGUCUUUAUUCAAUUAUGCACCACCAAAUGGAACCUACAAGCACAAAGAUAAAGUAAAGUGGAUGAAGUUUGGCAUUGGAAGAGUCUAUAUUAAUCACCUUUUAGCUUCAAUGAAGCUGAAUGAGUUGUUUCAGAAGACAAGCACUACCCAGGAAGAGAUUGUAUCACAUGAAUCAUCUAGUUCAACCUUUAGUGAAAACCUUGGUCAAAGUAGCAUAGUUGAUUCCUCUGGAGACAUUGAUUCUAUGGAGCAAGUAAUUGUUAAUGAAAACCCAAUUGAUAAUCCCAAGUUUUCAAAAUCAAGAAGUCUUGAAAGAAAAACAAAACUCAAACGUCUUGAAGAGGCAUUAAAUCAAAUUCAAGCAACUCACAGAGCACCAGAUGUAUCUCCUCCAAAAAGGAAGGUUUCAAUGCAUGAUAUUGCAUUGGAACCCAAGUUUUUUGCAUCAAUUCCAAAGAAGCCAAGAACUCAACAGAUUGAGUAUAACCCCCACAUCCGUGAGGAAAUUGAGCUUCUCAACAGGAAACUUGCCCUGAGGGAACCAAACUUGGAUAGAACACAAAGCACAGUUUACAAUCAAGUCAAUUUAAAGCAAAAAAAUCAAAACCCAGACCCUAGCUACCAAAGUAUGGGUGAUCUCAAAGGUCCAGAACCACCCUCAGUUGAGGAUAGAGGUUCUUUCAUGCUUUCUGACCUCAAUGAACCUUUGGAGCCAGAUUACAUGUAG